AUGGCUGAUAAACAGAUCAGUUUACCUGCCAAACUGAUCAAUGGAGGGAUAGCCGGGCUGAUCGGGGUCACCUGCGUGUUUCCCAUUGAUCUGGCCAAAACCCGCCUGCAGAACCAGCAGAAUGGCCAGCGGAUGUACACCAGCAUGUCUGACUGCCUCAUUAAAACGAUUCGCUCUGAAGGCUACUUUGGCAUGUAUAGAGGGGCUGCAGUGAACCUGACUCUAGUGACACCUGAAAAGGCUAUCAAACUGGCCGCCAAUGACUUCUUCCGGCAUCACCUCUCCAAAGACGGGUGA